UUCCUUCCACUUCCAAGUUCCACCAAGGAAGAAGAACGGGGCCACCAACACGACAAUGGGGAAGAAGAAGAAGCACACAUAAUAAUAGCGGCGUUGACCCACAAACCAUUUUUGAAGGUAAUCUCUUUGAAUUGAAUCCCAAUUUUGAAAGAUUUCCAGAUCAUAUUGCUGCCCUAAGAGAAGAAGAAGAAGAAACAUGGGUAAUUGCUUUGGGGUUUCUCAAACUCUUGACCCAAAACCCACUAUCUCCAAUCGCAGCUUCAGAACUUCAAAUACAGGAAUAUCAUCUAAAAGUUAUGAAACUUCUGGCACGAGUAGUAGUACUGCACAUAGCCAGUUUUCUGCAAUUGGAAGUGAAGAUUCACUUUUAAACGGAGAAAUAUUACCGGCUGCAAAUUUGAAAGUUUACACCUUUGCGGAUAUGAAGAACGCCACGAGAGGAUUCAGGUCGGAUAGUGUGUUGGGUAAUGGCGGUUUUGGGACUGUGUUUAAGGGAUGGCUUGACGAAAAGACCCUUUUGCCAGCCAGAUUCGGUACUGGCAUAAUGGUUGCCAUCAAGAAACUGAAUUCUGAAAGUAUGCAAGGGUUUCAAGAAUGGCAGGCAGAAGUGAAUUUUUUGGGAAGGCUUUCACAUCCUAACUUGGUGAAGCUGUUGGGUUAUUGCUGGGAAGAGAAAGAGUUAUUGCUUGUCUAUGAAUUCAUGCAGAGAGGGAGCUUAGAAAACCAUCUAUUCAGAAGAGGUUCGUUUGUCGACCCCCUUUCUUGGAAUAUGCGUCUCAAAAUAGCUAUUGGUGCAGCCCGAGGUCUUGCUUUCUUGCACAGUUCAGAUAAGAAAGUAAUAUACAGAGAUUUCAAAGCAUCAAAUAUUCUCCUUGAUGGGAACUACAAUGCAAAAAUAUCAGAUUUCGGGCUAGCAAAGUUUGGUCCAUCAGGUGGAGACACGCAUGUCACUACGCGAAUCAUGGGAACUUAUGGUUAUGCUGCUCCAGAAUACAUUGCAACAGGUCAUCUAUACGUGAAGAGUGAUGUAUACGGUUUUGGCGUAGUUCUCCUCGAAAUUCUGACAGGCUUACGGGCUUUAGACACUAAACGUCCCAAUGGGCAGCAGAACCUAGUUGAGUGGACAAAACCUUAUCUAUGCAAUAAAAAGAAAAGUAAAAGUAUAAUGGACCCGAAAAUCAAAGGCCAAUAUUCAUCCAAGGCAGCAAUAGAGGUUGCCCAAAUCUCCCUUCGGUGUGUAGAAUCCGAGCAUGGGAAAAGACCUUCGAUGAAUGAAGUUGUGGAAGCGUUAGAACGGGUGGAAGCCACCAUUAAUAAGAACAGACCUACCAAAUCCAAGCAGGCUUCAGUUGAGAAUACCCAUACUGGAACCGUCACUGUUAGCCCCGGUUUUGGAAUGGGAGACAGAAGUUAAGCAUAGAUUGUGUAAAGAAAAUGAUGUCUUUUUUUUAGUAUAGGAUGAUUCUUUUCAAUACUUUGAUAUGAGAAUGCCCCUAUUUGUUUUUCUGAAUUGUAUGAUUUGAAAAUGUUGUGUAACUUGAAAUUGUUUGUUUAUAAUAAAUCUGGGGCGGGUUCAUUUGUGUGUAAUUCAACUAAAAUGACCAUGUUUUAAAUAGAAUUUGAAUAACUCCCUUUUCAAAUAUUUUAUAAAUAUUAUUUUUAAUUGUU